GACAGCACGACAACUCCGGGGCACACUCCCCCCACCCUCCGCUAUGUUCAACCAAAACGCGUACCAGAGCUCGCCGUACGGCGCGCAGACCGAGCCCCUCGCCUUCUUCCAGGGCGGGCCGUCGGCUUCCUCCAGCUCGAGCUACUACGGCCACGGCAGCCAGGGCCGGUCAGGCGUCGAAGGCAACCUCGGCGGCGGGGGGUACGCGACGGGCCAGAUGUCGGGCUCGGGGCGGAUAGGCGGCAUGCUUGCGGGCGAGGGCAAGUGGUGGGAGGCGUUUGGCAGCGGCGGGCUCGAGGGCGAGCCGGGAUUGAUGGAGGAACUCGGCAUCAACCCCUCCCAUAUCCUCCAAAAGUCGCUCACCGUCCUCAACCCCCUGCGCAAGGUCGACGCCAACAUUAUGGACGACGCCGACCUCGCAGGGCCGUUCGUCUUCUGCUUCGCCUUUGCCUUCAUGCUGCUGCUGUCCGGACGGCCACAGUUCUCGUACAUCUACGGCGUGGGCCUGCUGGGCACGAUCGCAAUCUACACGCUGCUCAACCUCAUGUCGGAAACCGGCGUCGACGCAUAUCGCACCGCCUCGGUGCUCGGCUACUGCCUCCUGCCCAUGGUCGGGCUCGGCGGGCUCGGCAUCGCGGUGCGCAGCGACCACAUUAUCGUCUACGCCCUGUCGAUCAUCUCCGUCGUGUGGUGCACCUACUCGGCCAGCUCGAUCUUCGUCGCCGUCCUCCGGAUGGACCACCAGCGUCUGCUUGUCGCCUACCCCGUCGGCCUGCUGUACGGCUGCUUUGCGCUCCUCAGCAUUUUCCAGGUGGCGAAGAAGUAGACGGGCGACGCAGCGCCGUAGACACAGAGACUCAGCAGCCGUAGACACAGUAGCAUGGAUCGCAUUUACGCAUGGCUAA